AAAACUACAAGUGGACGAAGAAGAAGAACCGACGAAGAAGAAGUGGUUGCUAUGUUAGAGUAGUGCAUGGUAACCAAUGUCUUCCACAGUUCCUCGACACAAGCAGCUCUUUUGGAUACGUGUCCUUACUGAUAAAAGUAUGUUAUUGGUAAUGUUCCUCGCUGUUUAUUGAAGUAAUUGGGCAGGACGGAGUACAUGACUUAAUCGAAAGCUAACGUAAGGUUAGCUAUUAGCUUAACAGCUAGUCAUGAUUUACGCGUCCUUUUAGCUAGCUUAUUGGCUGCAUUGGCGGAAUGUUUACCGUACUGACCCGUUCCAAUGUUACAUUUAAUCAAGCAAAACACGUUCCAAUUAGCAAUAUAGCGAGGCUUGUUUUUUGGGUAGAUGCUUAGAAAAGCGAAUGUUUAGUGAUUAAAUCUGAAAAAAGUAAUUAUGGAGAAGGAACAGCAUAAUACGGUUGUAUUCAAUGCCUCAAAAAGGGAGUUAUUUACCACCCACAGUGGAUACAAAUCCAUGCAGAAGCAGCUGAGGACUCAGUGGAAAAUUCAAAGUAUGAAGGAAGAGCUGUCCUUGGAUAAGAUGAAAGGUGUCAAGUUGUGGAUAACUGCUGGUCCAAGAGAGAAAUUUACAGCAUCAGAGCUGGAAGUACUGAAGCACUACCUGGAUGAUGGAGGAAAUGUCCUUGUCAUGCUUGGGGAAGGAGGAGAAAAGAAAUUUGACACAAACAUCAACUUUCUCCUGGAAGAGUUUGGAAUUAUGGUUAAUAACGAUUCUGUUUUUAGGACCAGGUAUUACAAAUACUAUCAUCCAAAGGAGGCGCUUGUGUCUGAUGGUGUAUUAAACAGAGAGAUAAGUCGUGCUGCCGGCAAAGCAAUGAUGGGAAUAAGUGAAGAUGAAAACAUUGGGAAUAACACUCAGGCUCUAUCAUUUGUGUUCCCGUACGGCGCAACACUCAACGUGAUUAAGCCAGCUGCAGCUGUUCUUUCAACUGGCUCCAUUUGCUUCCCCCUCCACAGACCGGUGGUGGCUUUCUAUCAAGGAAAGGAGGCGGGCAAAUUGGUGGUCGUGGGUUCCUGCCACAUGUUCAGUGAUCAGUUCAUAGACAAGGAGGAGAACAGUAAAAUCCUGGGUGUCGUGAUCCAGUGGCUGAUGACUGACAGCAUCCACCUGAAUCAGAUCGAUGCGGAAGACCCAGAGAUCACAGAUUACACCAUGCUGCCGCACAUCGGGUGUUUGUCGGAACAGCUCACGCAGUACUUCCAGGAGGGAGAUGAAAACCCCCGGGACUUCACGUCUCUUCUGGAUGUUUCCUUUUUCAAUCUGUCCACCGACACUUUACCCCAAGUCAUCAGCGUGUAUAAGCAUCUUAAUGUCAAAGACGAACCGCUUCAGCUCAUCGCACCACAGUUUGAGACCCCUCUGCCUCAGCUACAGCCUGCAGUCUUUCCUCCAAUCUUGAGCGAUUUGUCCCCCCCGACGCUGGAUUUGUUUGAUUUAGAUGAAGCAUUCUCCUCUGAGAAAGUGCGCCUGGCACAGCUGACCAAUAAAUGUACAGAUGAUGAUCUGGAGUUUUACAUCCGGAAAUGUGGCGAAAUUCUGGGUGUGACUCCCAAGUUGGACAAAGACCAAAGGGAUGCAAAGCACAUACUGGAACACAUUUUCUUUCAAGUAGCAGAGUUCAAGAAACUCAAUCAGGAGCACGAUGUCAACACGGAGGCACGUUUCACCCCAUCUUGACUGCAUUCACAUUACUCUUACUCUAACUGUCACGACUAUGAUGAUGAUCUUUGAGACUUCAAAGUGGUCAUGUUCAUUUUUUAUGAGCUUAAUAUUUUAUACACAUUUACAUGGAAAAUAUAUUGUAAAUAUUCCAGCAAAUAAAGUCAUUGAUACUUCCA